GGGCAGUUCCAGUGAGUAGUUUGUUGGGCUGGGAGCAGGGAGCAGACGCUACAUCUCUCUCAUCAUCUGGACACUGUUCCCUACAACACAAGACCCAGCCACCAGCUACCACUCUGCAACCAGUGAAGGACCCUACCCUGCUUGUGUCAGGGUCAUCAUGACACAGCUUCCUGUGCUAGGUUUGCUGCUGUGCACCUUGACUGGAUCUCUUUUGGCACAGACUGAUGACGUUGCAUUAAGUUUACCAUGUACAGACAAAACCAAGUGUCCAAUCAAUAUUUACUUCAUCAUUGACACAUCUGAGAGUAUCAUCCUACAGACAGCUCCAAUCCAGAGCUUGUUGGACCACAUGAAACGCUUCAUUCCAAUCUUCUUGGAUAAGUUAGAAGAUGCAGCCUAUCUGGACCAAGUACUUUUGAACUGGCAGUUUGGAGGACUUCACUAUUCAGAUGAGGUGAUUGAGUACAGUCCAGUCACCACCAACAAGAAUGACUACAUUGCUCGCCUACGUGGAGUUCAGUACAUUGGACGAGGCACCUUCACUGACUGCGCCAUCUCCAACAUGACAGCAAAGAUCCAAGCCUUAGGGGAUGGUUCCAUUAACUUUGCUGUGGUAAUCACAGACGGGCAUGUAACUGGCAACCCAUGUGGAGGGAUGAAGACUCAGGCCGAGCGGGCAAGGGAAGCUGGCAUCAAGCUGUUCUCAGUUGCUGCUAGUCAUGAUGUGUAUGAGUCUGGUCUCAGGGAGAUUGCAAACCUCCCCCAUGAAUUGUUUCGUAAUUCAUACUCAGUGACUAGAAAAGAUGAUCAAACUGAGAUUGAUCUGAAAACCAUUGACAAAAUUGUCCAGGUCAUGAAACAUGAAGCUUAUGGAGAUUGCUACAAACUGAGUUGUCUGGAAAUUCCUGGUCCCCCAGGCCAUGCUGGACAAAGAGGACAAAAGGGUGCAAAAGGUAAUGUAGGAGAACCUGGAUCACAAGGACAGAAAGGUCGCCAGGGGGAUCCAGGAAUUGAAGGUCCUAUUGGUUAUCCUGGUCCUAAGGGUGUCCCAGGUCUGAAAGGUGAAAAGGGAGAUUUUGGUGCCGACGGCAGAAAGGGUGCGGCUGGACUUUCUGGGAGAAACGGGACAGAUGGUCAAAAGGGAAAAUUUGGUCGAAUUGGAUCCCCUGGCUGUAAGGGUGACCCCGGAGAUAAGGGUCCUGAUGGGUACCCAGGUGAUGCUGGAGACAGAGGAGCAGAUGGAGACCGCGGUGUGAAGGGUGAUCCAGGACGACCUGGACGUAAUGGCCCCCCUGGACCCCCUGGAGAAAAAGGAGAUAAGGGUCCAGCUGGGAACCUUGGAGCUCCAGGAUCACCAGGGGUGAAAGGUGGUAAAGGAACACCCGGCACAGUGGGACCAAAAGGAGAACCUGGACGCAGAGGGGACCCAGGCAACAAAGGAUCUGCAGGAAAUGAUGGAUCCAAAGGAGAAAAGGGAGAUCCUGGCUCAGAAGGUCCCAGAGGACUUGGGGGAGAAGCUGGAAUUAAAGGAGGAAAGGGUGAUCGAGGUCUGCCUGGACCUCGUGGACCACAGGGGCCUAUUGGAGUGUCUGGCAGAAAUGGGUCACGUGGUGAUCCAGGAGACAUGGGUGAAAGGGGUAACCCUGGAGCUUCUGGGCCAAAGGGAGACAGAGGGAGGCCUGGCAUCAGUUACCCUGGACCACGAGGUACCUCGGGAGAUAAGGGGGAGAGAGGACCACCAGGACCACUGGGAGGAAGAGGUGAUUUUGGCCUUAAAGGUGCAGGUGGAACAAAAGGAGUUAAAGGAGAACCUGGUGACCCUGGCCUAGCAGGAGAGCCUGGACCCCGAGGGCCGUCUGGGGAUCCUGGAACCCCGGGUAGUGCUGGUCCCCCUGGUGAUCCCGGCCUAACAGACUGUGAUGUGAUGACAUAUGUUAGAGAAACCUGUGGAUGCUGUGACUGCGAGAAGCGAUGUGGAGCUCUGGAUAUUGUUUUCAUUAUUGACAGUUCUGAGAGUAUUGGAUACACAAAUUUUUCUCUUGAGAAAAACUUUGUCAUUAACGUUGUAAGCAGACUUGGAUCUAUGGCCAAGGAUCCAAAAUCUGACACAGGUGCCAGAGUUGGUGUAGUGCAGUACAGUCAUGAAGGCACAUUUGAAGCAAUCCAGCUGGAUGAUCCACGCAUUGACUCCCUGUCCAGUUUCAAGGAGGCUGUCAGACGGUUGGAGUGGAUUGCUGGAGGAACAUGGACUCCAUCUGCUCUACAGUUUGCCUACAACAAGUUGAUCAAGGAGACAAGAAGAGACAAGGCAAAAGUGUUUGCUGUUGUCAUCACUGAUGGUCGUCAUGACCCACGGGACCCAGAUGACCGUCUGCAAGCACUCUGUGGGGGAGAUGUCACAGUCAAUGCCAUUGGAAUUGGAGACAUGUUCAACAAGCAAGAAGAGGGGGAGACACUAACGUCCAUCGCCUGUAACAAUCAGCAGCGGGUGCAAAAAAUGAAACUCUUCUCUGAGCUUGUAGCAGAAGAAUUUAUAGACAAUAUGGAGGAGCUGCUGUGCCCAGAUCCACAGAUUGUGUGUCCAGACCUGCCAUGCCAGUCAGAGCUCGCAGUUGCUCAGUGCACACAGCGUCCAGUUGAUCUUGUUUUCCUCUUGGAUGGUUCUGAGCGAAUUGGAGAGCGCAACUUCAAGAAUGCAGCAGCAUUUGUGGAGGAAGUGGCCCAGAGGUUGGCACUUGCAAGGAGGGAUGAUGACCCCUCUAAUGCCCGAGUAGCACUGUUACAGUAUGGAGGGCAGGAUGAGCAUGCCCUGGCUUUCCCAUUGUCAUAUAACCUAACAGAGAUUAGUGAGGCACUUGAGCGUCUUACUUACUAUGACUCAUCAUCCAGCAUUGGAUCUGCCAUCAUCUACGCUAUCAAUACUAUUUUACAGAACCCUACAAGUGGAGUGCGGAAAUUUGCUGAGCCAUCCUUUGUUUUUAUCACUGAUGGAGUGACUGGCCAGGCUGGACUGGAAGAGGCUGUCAGUGCCAUGAGGAAGAAUAAUGUGGUUUCAACAUUAGUCUCUGUAGGGUCAGACCUUGAUAUUGAGGUUUUGAGGCAGCUGAGCUUGGGUGAAAGGGCGGCCAUAUUUAGAGAGACAGACUAUUCCAAGUUGACUGAAAAUGCUUUUAUGGACAGAUUCAUACGCUGGGUAUGCUAGAAACUCAGGGUGACAGUAUGGGAUAAUAGCAGGGGUAUAUAUACACAUGUGAAGUGACACACACAAAGACAAUAGAUGACUAGAGUUGCCACCCAGCCAAUAAUUCAAGGUUAAUACAGAUAAUAAAAACAAAAUAAAAUCUCUGUAAUUGUAUAACUUUUUUCUAAGGGUAAAGAAAUACAUUUGAAAAGUUUAAUUUUAAAAGAAUAGUACCUGUUUUAGUUUUUAGGGUAUUUUACAUAAUUAUGCUAAUUAUCAUUAUUAUUUUUUCCCCCAAGGAAGGUGGCAACCCUAGUUAUGACAGACAUGAAGGAACAAAUAUAAAGAUACUGUUAGCUAUACAUUUAUGUAAUGGGACACUAGGACAAAUAAACUUGCAAAGAUAACAUAGGAACAGGAAGACAUAUACAAACAUUAAUCUGAGUGAUAUAUUCAGAUAUACAAGAUGAAAAACACAAAGGGGUUGAACCCAAUCCUUUAGAAUAAACAUUUUAAAUGAUUUAACAGCAAAAAUCCACAUAGAUGUUAAUGGUGAAACUUUGACAAAUUAUUCUAAAUGAUUGUGAUUGACACCAAAGAUAGAUGAGCAGAUAGGGAGGGCAAUAACAAGACAGACAGACAUAUGUAGGGGUAGAUUCCCCAACACACCGAUUAAUAAAACAAAGUUUUAUAUUUGUAAAAUCUACAAUUUUAACAGACGGACCUACAGAAAUGUGCACACACAUAUGCCAGAAGAUAUACAAAUACAUGGGGACAGUGAAGUAUACUUUAAAAUUCUGAAACUGUGUUCUUUUACUUUUGCUACUAAUGGGUAAAUUGUAACAAUGUGCCACAUAUCAGCAGUCUAAUCUCUCUGCAGUGCCACGUGUUUGUGGUCAAUAUGGCUGUACUGUUGUCUGUGUCACAGUUGUGUGGUGCUAUGUGCAGUUCGCAUAUCAUGGUGUUCUGCACCUAAAACCUGUGGCACGGGAGGAACAGGAUUACAGCUGAGAAUGAGGUUGCAGUAAGAUAUAGGACCAAGGUUAAAACACAUAUGACGAGGCAGGAUCCCAGGAAUUCACCAGAUAUCAUCAUAGAAAAAGGUCUAGAACAAGAACUUAAUUAAUAAAUAAUCCUUUAUGGGAUCACUGACAUGAAAGGAAGGGUCAGUAAGAGAUGAGAUGAUGCCUUCAUUCAAUAAACUGUCCUCCUGUCAA